UCUGCUGGGUAUGAUUGUCUGAUGUUUUUCUUACCAGGUGGACUAUCAGCUGUUGAUCCCUCUGCUGACAGUAAAAAAAGACAUUCCAAUUGCUCGCUGCCAUUAACAAUGACCAUGACCCUUCAUACCAAAACCUCUGGAGUUGCCCUGCUGCACCAGAUUCAAGGCACUGAACUGGAGACUUUGAGCAGACCUCAGCUGAAGAUUCCCCUGGAUCGGUCACUCAGUGAGAUGUAUGUGGAGAGCAACAAGACAGGGGUUUUUAACUACCCAGAAGGCACCACUUAUGACUUUGCCACUGCCGCUCCGGUGUACAGCUCUACUAGCCUCAGUUAUGCCCCUGCUUCUGAAUCAUUUGGGUCCAGCAGUCUGGGAGGGUUUCAUUCGCUGAACAAUGUCCCUCCAAGCCCCGUGGUAUUCUUACAAACGGCGCCACAGCUCUCACCCUUCAUCCAUCACCACAGCCAACAGGUACCCUACUACCUUGAAAAUGAUCAAAGCAGCUUUGGGAUGAGAGAAGCUGGCCCUUCAACCUUCUACAGGCCAAGCUCGGAUAACAGGCGACAAGGGAGCAGGGAGAGGAUGUCCAGCACCAGUGAAAAGGGCAGUCUGUCCAUGGAAUCCACCAAGGAAACCCGCUACUGUGCUGUGUGCAAUGACUAUGCUUCAGGCUACCAUUAUGGAGUCUGGUCUUGCGAGGGCUGUAAGGCCUUCUUCAAAAGAAGCAUUCAAGGGCACAACGACUACAUGUGUCCCGCUACUAACCAGUGCACCAUCGACAAGAACAGGAGAAAGAGCUGUCAGGCCUGCCGGCUGCGAAAGUGCUAUGAAGUGGGAAUGAUGAAAGGUGGGAUCCGAAAAGACCGCAGAGGCGGACGUAUGCUGAAACACAAACGUCAAAGAGAGGAGCAGGAUGCCAGAAUUGGAGGGACUUCUUCUACUGAGAUGAGAACCCCCACCCUCUGGACGAGUCCUCUUGUGAUUAAGCAUAGCAAGAAGAACAGUCCAGCUUUGUCCCUUACAGCAGAGCAGAUGGUCAGUGCCUUACUGGAAGCUGAACCACCCAUAGUCUAUUCAGAGUAUGAUCCUAACAGACCUUUCAGUGAAGCCUCCAUGAUGACCCUGUUGACCAACCUUGCAGACAGGGAACUGGUGCACAUGAUCAACUGGGCAAAAAGGGUCCCAGGGUUUGUGGAUUUAACACUCCAUGAUCAGGUACAUCUACUGGAAUGUGCCUGGUUAGAGAUACUGAUGAUUGGCUUAGUCUGGCGUUCAAUGGAACAUCCGGGAAAACUCUUAUUUGCACCUAAUCUAUUACUGGACAGCAAUAAAGGGAUGGAGCACCUAUACAACAUGAAGUGCAAAAACGUAGUCCCGCUUUAUGAUUUAUUGCUGGAAAUGUUAGAUGCUCACCGAUUGCAUGCCCCAGCAGCCAAAAAUCCUCCCCAGAUGGAAGAAGAGAAUCGGAGCCAGUUGACAACUGCAUCAACUUCAUCACAUUCCUUGCAGACCUUUUAUGUAAACAGGGAAGAUGAGAAUUUGCAAAAUACAGUAUGAGCGUUCACAUGUUAAAAAAGCCUACAAGGUUCUGAGAAUCCCAACAGCAUACUACCUAGUUCAUACAUCACUUUAGCUAAAUUGCCACACGUGUAAACACUCCAAUAGGCACCAGUGAUUUCCAGUCUGAGUGUUCAUUGAUCACUUGCUAAAAUCCUUAAUGGAAGAGGUUUUGUUAUUAUGGAUGGCCUACAAGGAUGGGAGGCCAACUUAAUUUGAAAUGGCUCUUAUUUACCCCAUGCAUUAAUUAGGGUGAGGAUUCCUGGAGUCUUUAUCAGCCCAAGAUUUUGGGCUUUGUUGACUGUUUGCUGGGAAUCAUUUGAGCCUGGGCCCAAGCUGAGUUUGAGUAAUUGAUGUUUCCACUGAAAGGUUGAGUGGCUCCAGGAUGAGGAAGCCCCACUAAAGACUGCCUAGUUACAUAGCUCAGUUCUUGGUAGAUUCCAGCCUGUCAUAUUCGUACCAUGACAAAGUGUUCCUUUCCGAAAGUAAUGUUUUAAAAUUUCCCUUCCUUGCUGACAUCAGCAGAUGUUUCCCCCUUCAUGAAUACAUAGAAUUUAUAUCCAGUUGUGGUUAUAUCAUCCAAUGGCCAUACUGGAUUGAAUGCACUUAAUCUUCUUAUCUCAGUCCUGGGGUGGGUAGUACUUUGAUGGGAAGCCAGCUGGGAAACGUGUGCCUUUCUGUGGAUGUAUGCCAUUGCCUUUAAUAUUAAUAAGUGUUGUCAAACUCUAUUCAACUCACCCAUCCAUUUAUUUUGAGGAAGCUUUAUGGCUUGUGUUAUACAGGAGGUCAGACUAGAUGAUCACAAUGGUCCCUUUGGGCCUUGGAAUCAUGAAUGUAUGUAGUUCCCACUGACACUAAUAAGAGUUUAAACCACUUAUGAAGGGCAUCUAAUAAAGGGGAAGAGAAACUCUAAUCUUUCCUCUACUGGGUACCAUUAAAAAUUAGGCAUUUACCACCCUUUCUAGUAUCUCACAUUCUAAUUAAAGAGAAUACUGCAAACAUUGCAAUAAAUGAUCAUUUCUAAUGGUCCCCACUGCAACAAAAGUAGAACUCCUUGUAUGCUGAUAAACAACUCGUGGUAGGGAAGAACAGACAUAGAGAGGGACAGUACAAGUUUACGCUGCAAGGCCUAAUAUACCCUCAGGCAUGUGCAUCUUGACUUCAGUGGGAGUUGGCGGGGGCGGGGGGGAGGAGGGAGGAUGUAUAUAUCAGAACACAGACUUUAAUUCUAAAUCUGCAGGUAACUACUAGCUGCAUGUGUUGUAUUUUUUCAGAAUCCCUCGGAAGCUGGUGAGCUCUCAACUUGUGAAGCGCUUUCAUCUCAUCUUAAUUUAACAACCCUCUUGCUAAUGCAUAUCACUAGUUUCGUUUCCAGUAGCCUCAUUUUUUUGUAAAUAUGAUAAAGCACUUGUCUUUGUGCUUAUGCAGAGAAAGCAUUGGUAUUUCUUUGCAAUUCAUUACCCAAAGGCCAUUGGGGGCUCCUAAGUGCCUUUUCCAAAAUGUACACAUUUGUAUUUUCAUUUUGUAGCAAUUUUUUCGUGUUGAGAAAAUCUUGGUGUACUGUAUAUUAUUGACAUAAAUAAGCAGAGGUGAAGAUCUGAAUGGGCCACAGGAAUCUUGUACCUAAGUUUAAAAGACAAAUGUCACCCAAUUGUAGCCCAGAGUUGCCCAUCAAAUAUAGUGUGUUAACAACUUCCAUGUUCUUUAUAAUAAACUAGACAGAGCUCCUCUAAACUUCACAUUAUUUAAAUUAAUGGCUCCUUCCUUGGUUCUCCCAACAAAUAAGCACACUGGGUCAAAUUAAUCCUUGGAUGAAUUUAAAUAAAUGAAUUUGGGCCAUGGUUUCUGAUACUUUAGCCAUGGUGAGUAGCAUCCUCAGCUGCAAAUUGUCCCACUGAAGUCAAUGAGCCUGCAUAUGGGAUAAAGUGCUACCCAACAUAAGGAAGGGUAUCAAAACAUGGCCCAGACUAUUAAAAAUAAUUUGACAAAUAGGGGUGCACACCAGCAACUUGGGAUUCUUUGUUAGCCUUGUCCUUUGCAAUAAGACCUCAUUUAGUUCAAAUGUAUAUUGUAACAAAAGCAGUGGGAGCCCAAGAGAGAAAAAUGAUUUCCCACAAUACAUACUUUUAACUUGGAGGCAAUGUCUGUGAUCGACAUCAUUAACUUGUUUAAAACUUAAUUUUGUCUUUAAAUAGCACCUUAAAUAAUGUGUUAUAUAAAAGAUGCAUUGCUCACAUAUCAGACAAUUGAAUGUAGCCAUUCAGUAAACCCAGUUGACAAAGUCUAUAAUACAUAAAACAAAAUAUGUUUUCAUAUGCUUUUGAGGUACCAUAUCACAUAUGUAGUUAUUUGUGCCUGAGGCUAACUAAUUGUUAGCUUAUAUGAUGAUUAUAUUUCAUAUAUACUUUUAUAUUUGCAGUAGAUAAGCCAGCACUAACUGAGACACCUAGUGCUGGAUAUGAAAAAGAAAAAUAAUAUCCUGUAGAGACUACAUUUGAGAAGGAAAAAUAUUCAGGGAAGCUAAUUAUACUUUUACCAAACAAUAAUAGAGCAGAUGAACUUGCUUUGCAUAGCAAACCUGUUGCCAUUCAAAUAACAAUCAUUUUAAGAAGUUCAGGGCACAUGUGAAAGUAGUAAUGUGAACUUGCUCAUCUGAUGAUGUCUGGGUUUCCAACAGAGUAUGAAAGCCACUUCUUGUUUGUAGUGGACUUGAUCUUGCAGACUUUGUCUCAGGUAAAACUCCUAUGAAAGACAACAGGAGUUGUUCUGAAGUAAAAAUCAAACAAACAAAAGCAUGAGCAAUUUCUUGGUGUUUGUGGUGGCUUUCCUGAUUUUUCCUUCUUGUACAUUUAAGAGAUUGGUAGAUUAGAAAAUGUGUCACUAAGGAAGAAAGAACGAAUAGCUUACAUUUCUAUUGAUAAUGCCAGGUCAGUAUGUUUUGCAGUGGAAGCGGUAGGUCUCAUACUGGAGUCAUGAUCUAUUUCAGUAAGUGAUUACCGGUAUUUUAAUUCUUAAAGAGCUGUGCCAAAAAUGAAACCAAACAUCUAAGAAUUAGAACUGUUUCCACCAAAAAUCCUGCCCCACUGAAGUCAAUCUAACCACAGACUUAAAUGGGAACAAGAUGAGUCCCUGUUUGUGUGUG